GCUCAGAUCAUCCCCGCUCCUCCACUAACCACCAGCGCUGUCUGCAGAAGUUCCAUCAGAAGUGAUCCAGCAACUGAAUCACAAUGUCCAUGACUCUGGGAUACUGGGACAUUCGCGGGCUCGCCCACCCCACCCGCCUUUUGCUGGAGUACACUGGCGCCAAGUAUGAGGAAAAGACGUACGUCUGUGGAGAAGCACCAAACUAUGACAAAAGCGGCUGGUUUAGUGUAAAAUUCAAACUUGGACUGGACUUCCCCAACUUGCCCUACUUGGUGGAUGGCGACAAAAAGAUUGUUCAGAGCAAUGCCAUCCAGAGGUACCUGGCCAGGAAGAACAAGCUUUGCGGGGAAACUGAAGAGGAGAAGAUUCGACUGGACAUCCUGGAGAACGUGGUCAUGGACUUCAGAAUGAGCUUUAUCAGGAUGUGCUACACUGACUACGAAAACCUGAAGCCAGAGUACCUCAAGACGCUGCCUGAUGUUUUGAAGCAGUUCUCCGACUUUCUUGGAAACAGGAAGUGGUUUGCUGGUGACAGGCUCACUUUUGGAGACUUCAUAAUGUACGAUGUGUUGGACCAGCAGAGGAUCUUUCUUCCUACAUGCCUCGAUGCCUUUAAGAACUUGAAGGACUUCCUGGACCGUUUUGAGUCAUUGGAGAGGAUUUCUGCCUUCAUGAAGUCGGGCAGAUACAUUCGGACCCCGAUCCACAACAGGAUGGCCAAAUGGGGAAACAAGAAAAUGUGAAGACCACCUUUCAUAAAACCUACUCCAGAACAACAGUGCUACUGAUUCAUACAGGCAAAAAGCUAUUUUUACUUGUUAUUUAGUUUCUUUGUGUCUUUCAAUAACACCAUUUUUUUAACAAGACAUCUAUAAAACCCUUCAUGGUUUUGCCCAAGACAGAAACACCACAACCUAUUGGAGGAACCACCUUUCAUUUCUACUGACAUUUGCAACUUAAUUUUUGACUGAAAAAAUAAAGGUUUGCAUGAACUCUG